AUGAGCCAAAGAAAUAAAAGUCGUAAUCGUAAUCGUAGUUCAAAUUCUACGAGAGAAUCUUUAUCUCAUCCAUAUUGGCAUGCGGCAGCAUAUUAUUUUAUGGAAGCAUUACGUGUUUCCACAUCGACAUCAAUGUCGACACCUCAAAUGUCUUCAAUAUUAUUGCCAUUUUCUCCUCCAUCUGUCUUCUUAAAUAAUUCACAAAAUCCUUCAUCUCCUUUUCAACAAACACCUCAAAAUCCAUAUCCAAUUGAAACUCGUGAUAAUUCAAUAAAUAAUCUCGCUAAUAUUUUUAGAACCGUCGCUUUGGAAUAUGAGAAUGUAGAAUAUCAUACAUUAAAUUCGUUAUCUUCUACAUCAUUACGCCAAACAUUAUUUAAUUCGACUCAUCAAAGUACCGCCGAUAAUCAAUCAUCUGAUGAUAGAAAUCAAAUUAUCUCCGCUUCACACGGCGCGUCAAUGGUUCAUCCUUUCACAUCCCUUAAUUUUACUCUGGAUUCAUUUCCAUAUACGUUAUCAACGUUGGAAAGGUAUGAGAUUCAAAUUCGUUUACAAGGUAAAAUAACACCGACGAAUAUAAUCUCAUCACGCUUAUUAAAUAAUAUGAUCAUAUAUUGUAAAGAUAGUCAUAAAUCAUGUAUAAAUUCUCAAAGUAAUAUCUAUUGUAAAAAAGGGAAUAACGUUUAUCAUUAUCAUAAUUUGAGUAAUGCUAGCUUUUACUCUAAAAGGGAAGAUGGUUCUUCUAUUUAUGUUGACCGAUUUGGUGAUAUUACUUAUAAAACUAAAGAACAAGAAAGAUUUGAUAUUAGUGGUUUAAUUUGUCUAUAA